AUGAAUAAAAAUAUAUUUCUUUGUGACUUUGAAGAUUAUAAAAACGGUCUUUUGAUUAUUUCCCAGUCCUAUGAAGAAGAAAUUUUAGAUGAGUUUUGUCUAAAUGAUUUUCAAUCAAAGGAAAUGUAUUUAUCUGAUUUAUAUCAGUUUUUGUUAAACUUAAAUAUUCAAAAAAAUAUAAUUGAUAUAUACAAAAGGAAUUCUUCUUCUCCAUUUCUAGAAUUUUCUUUGGAUCUUGAUGAUAGCCAAAAAUUAACUGACUCUAAAACUACAACCGAAAAACUUGUUGAUUUUGACAAAUUGAUAUUUUACAGUGCUAAAUUUAUAAUUUUAAGAAACAAUUACGACAUAUUGAUAUAUUACUGGAAGCUAAUAGUGAACUUUUUAAUCAAAAAACAAAUUAUAGAUCAAACUACCAAUAAUAACAAUAAUAAUGAUCAGAAACAAUUUUUGGAAUAUGAAUUGAACGUAAGUCAUUUAUCUAAAAUUAUAAAUCUUUUACAUCUAAACUCAAAAAUAGACCAACUUCAAGACUCAACUGGAACUUCAACGUCAAGUUCAGUGAUCAUUGAUAUGAUAUCAACGCAAACUAAUAAUAAUAAUCCCACUAUUAACUUUUAUGAUUUUGCUUUAAUUUUAGGAAAACUACAACUCAUCUCUUGCUAA